AUGUCGUAUGUGAAGCCGUCACUCGUCAAUGUAUGUGCAGUCUGUUCACCUUUUUGCAUAGGUCUGUUGGUCGACCCGGUGCAGCCAAAACUCAUACUUGAUCAAUUGAAGACACUCGGCAUUUCCGAUUAUUCAAUCAAAGGGAUCCUGACGACCCAUCAUCACGAUGAUCACUCUGGUGGCAACAUCGAAAUGCUCGGCCUGAUCCCAUAUCGUGUUCCGGUCUAUGGAGGGGAUUCCAGGAUCCCCGCGCUUUCGCACCAUCUCUGGGAAAAUGUUGAAUUUCCGUUUCCUUCGGCUUUCAACUCGGUUUCCAGCAAUCAAACGGACGUCGGCUCAUUCCGGAUGUUAACCCUGCUUACCCCCGGCCAUACAAAACGGUCCAUUUGCUAUGCCAUCUUUUCUACCGAACCGGGUGAGGCGAUGCACUUGUUUACGGGGGACACGCUCUUUUUGUCCGGAUGUGGACGCUUUUUUGAUGGCUGUGUCCCUCAAGAAAUGCUAUACUCGCUAAGAUUAUUAAAGUCCUUGUCGACAUCUAUUGCUCCCAACAAGAUAUUGGUGUAUCCCGGCCACGAAUAUACGCUAAAUAACGUCUCUUUUGCCCUCACAGUGGACCCUCUCAAUUGCGACCUGCAGGAACAGUUUCGCUUUAUCAAGGGUCUGAAAAACCCUGUUAGCGUCCCGGGCACGCUUGAAACGGAGCUGAAAACAAAUCCUUUUCUUCGUGUGGAGUAA